AUGGGGGGUCCAAAACGCACCGUUUUGGACCCCUAUAUAAGUCAAUUUUUUUUUUUAAAUUUCAUUUGGCAUCAGCAGAGAAAAAAAAAGAAGAAAGAGAAGGGAGAAAAGAGAGAAGGGAGAAAAGAGAGAAGGGAGGAAGGAGGGGGAGAGCUCCGGCCACGGGUCCGACCGCCGGAUGGUCGCCGGAGGUCCGCCGGCGCCGGCCACCGCGAGCGGUGGCCGGAAAAGGGUAUGGCCGGUGCUGUGGAGUGCGUGGUGGCCGACAUGGUGGCAUGGGGAGCUGGGGCGCCAGGGCAUGGGCUAGUGUCAGAGGGGCGUGCGACGCAAGUGGGAUUAGGGUUUCUGAGUGCUGAGUGGAAUUAUUGGGCUGGGGUAGUUGGGCUUCGGGUUUAGUUGUUUAGGCUUAAUGGGCUUAUUGGGUUAGGGGUUUUAAGGGGUUUAGUGUUUUGUAA